AUCCCGCGAAGAUCUUCGGAGGUUGCAGAAAAGAAAAAGGAACUUUUGUCUUUUGGAGGCGGUCCCCGGAGGGAUGGGGGCUGUGAAGCGGACCGGAAGUGACGCGAACGAGUUCCGGUUGGCCGGACCCCAGCGGCGGGUGUGAGAGUCGGACGGGAGCCGCUUCCAGGAUACUGAGAUCCGGAGAAGCCGGGGUCAGAGCGGCUCCUCAAGAGUUAUUGAUCUAUGAAAUGGCAGAGAAUGGAAAAAAUUGUGACCAGAGACGUGUAGCAAUGAACAAGGAACAAUAUAAUGGAAACUUCACAGACCCUUCUUCAGUGAAUGAAAAGAAGAGGAGGGAUCGGGAAGAAAGGCAGAAUAUUGUCCUGUGGAGACAGCCACUCAUUACCUUGCAGUAUUUUUCUCUGGAAAUCCUAGUAAUCUUGAAGGAAUGGACCUCAAAAUUAUGGCAUCGUCAAAGCAUUGUGGUAUCUUUUUUACUGCUGCUUGCUGUACUUAUAGCUACGUAUUAUGUUGAAGGAGCACAUCAACAGUAUGUGCAACGUAUAGAGAAACAGUUUCUUUUAUAUGCCUACUGGAUAGGCUUAGGAAUUUUGUCUUCUGUUGGGCUUGGAACAGGGCUGCACACCUUCCUCCUUUAUCUGGGUCCACAUAUAGCUUCAGUUACGUUAGCUGCUUAUGAAUGCAAUUCAGUUAAUUUCCCUGAACCACCUUAUCCUGAUCAAAUUAUUUGUCCAGAUGAAGAGAGCAUUGAAGGAACUAUUUCUUUGUGGAGCAUCAUCUCAAAAGUUAGGAUUGAGGCCUGCAUGUGGGGCAUCGGCACAGCAAUUGGAGAGCUGCCACCAUAUUUCAUGGCCAGGGCAGCUCGCCUCUCAGGGGCCGAGCCAGAUGAUGAAGAGUAUCAGGAAUUCGAAGAAAUGCUAGAACAUGCAGAGACUGCACAGGACUUUGCUUCCCGGGCUAAACUGGCAGUUCAAAACCUAGUACAGAAGGUUGGAUUUUUUGGAAUUUUGGCCUGUGCUUCAAUUCCAAAUCCUCUAUUUGACCUGGCUGGAAUAACAUGUGGACACUUUCUUGUACCUUUUUGGACUUUCUUUGGUGCAACUCUGAUUGGAAAAGCAAUAAUUAAAAUGCACAUCCAGAAACUCUUCGUUAUAAUAACAUUCAGCAAACACAUAGUGGAGCAGAUGGUGGCUUUCAUCGGUGCUGUCCCCGGCAUAGGUCCAUCUCUGCAGAAGCCAUUCCAGGAAUACCUGGAGGCCCAGCGGCAGAAGCUUCACCACAGAAGUGAAAUGGGCACACCGCAGGGAGAAAACUGGUUGUCCUGGAUGUUUGAGAAGUUGGUUGUUGUAAUGGUGUGUUACUUCAUCCUGUCCAUCAUUAACUCCAUGGCACAAAGUUAUGCCAAACGAAUCCAGCAGCGGUUGAACUCAGAGGAGAAAACUAAAUAAGCAGAGAAAAGUUCUAAUGGCAGAAAUUAGAAUGGAUGAGUUCUGCCUUAAAUUGGGAGGACUCCAAACCAGGAAGGAAAAUUCCCUUUUCCAACGUAUAUCAAUUUUAAAAAAACACAUUUUUUUUCUCUUUUCUGAAAACAGUUUAGUCCGUAUGUUGCACUGACACACUUCUCCUUUGUGUGUUAAGGUAAGGUGUCCACCCUCAACUCAAUUCAGCUUGUGUUUUAUUCGGGUGGAAUGUGAUGUUCAGCAGCAAACUUAUCAGAAACCGGCCUUUGUUACUUUCAAAAGGCCCACGUGGUACUAUUAAGGAAUUCCAGACACCAAAAACUAGCUCCUAAGUAUGUUGAAUAUGUCAGGCCUUUUAGGCUUGUCAGAAAUGACUCCUUUGUUUUUCUAAGUCAUUAAAAUGUGUAUAAAUUAUACUAGAUUGGAUAACGGUCUUGUGUGUCUAUCACGGUAAAAUUUAAUAUGCCGUCCUGCCCAAUCCUUCCUCUCCUACCUUAAAAAAAAAGGCCAUUUUAUGACACAUUGCACACCCUCUUGGGAAACUGAUCUUUAAAUUUUGAGACAGUAUAAGAAAAUUCUGGUUGGUGUCUCACGAAUGAACUGACACCAUUUUUUAUUCUGUAUAUUUAGAAUGAAGUCAUGAACAAACUUUAUAAAGACAUCUUUGAUCAUUCCAACGUUGUGUCCGUUUUCUUGAGCGUUUUGACUUUUUGCUUCCCUUUAGCUACCACCAGCUGAUGGUCGGCUUUGCCCAGUCCACCCACAUCCAGCCUUCGUUUAUUUGCACGUAAGAGCCACCGCCGAGGCACUUUCUUGUUCACCUGGAACUGGGCACUGACAUGGCACCCAAGGGAUUGGCCUAGCGAGGGGUUUGUGAAAACAGAAAUGAAAGUAUACAAAUUCAAGGGCACUGGAGAGAGAAAUAACUCAUUUUUUCAAAAAAACUACACUUUCUCCUAUCUGUGUUAAUUUUACCUCAGCAUGUAGUCUGGUUUUGACAGAAAUUUACUUUUAGAAUGUAAUCUAAUUUUCUUUCCUUUCUUCAGUAAGUGUUAUGUUCUUUUGUGAUUUUUCUUUUGGGAUGUUUCCAGUUGUGAACUUUGUCAUUAUGUUUUGCUUGGGAGGAAAAUAAACAAUCUCGCUUUUUUUCUUUAGGAAAAUCGUUUCUGCCAUUGUGUUAAGAGUAGAAUUGGGUUUAAAUUGCAACGGGCCAGAAAUGCCUGAUUGUUUUAUCAAAUCCUGCCUGAAUGUCUGCUUAGUUUGCCUCCCGUCGGGACAUCUCCAUGGCUGUACCACCUUGUCGGGUAGCUUAUCAGACUGAUGUUGACUGUUGAAUCUCAUGGCAACAGCAGUCGAUGGGCUGUCUGACAUUCUGGUAUCUCUCAUCUGACCAUCCAUAUCAAAAAUUCCCAUUUAAACAUUACCUAGCUUCAUGGCUUAUGAUAAAAGAAAUAAAAAAAAAAAAAAACCAAACUCUGGUCCUUA